UUUUCACAAUUUUCACAAAAUUUUCAUUUUCACCGCGAAUUAGGUGUGGUCGUCGUGAUACACCGGAGGGGAACGUUUAUGCUUAUUUUAGACAAAGUUAGACACAGUGUAAAAUUUAGUAAAAAAAACGGGGUAAUUUGAGACAAACAGAGUUUACAAAAAGAUACACUUUAUAACAAACAUUCUAUUCAAAAAAUUAGCAUACAAAACAAAAUUGUAAUCUUUAUAACAAACUUUUUCUUGAAAAAAAAUUUCAAAAAUUAGCAUAUUAAAUUUUAAUGCGAGUUAAAAAUAGUAAAUUCUGUACAAUAUAGGAAGAAAUAGGCUAAAUAUUAACGAAAGUUGCCCAAUAUAGAUCAACUGGUGCUAUUAGGUUGCAAAUUGUGCAAAAAAUUUGAUAGUUUCGCGAAUUAAUUCAUUCCAGAGACAGAGAUCUAUUCUUCCUCUUAGUUUGCAAAUUGUGCAAAAAAUCAGCUAGCUUUGCAAAUUAAUUCAUUCCAGGGACAGAGAUCAACUGUUGCUUAGUUUGCAUACAAAUUGUCAAAAAAAUCUGAUAGUUUCGCAAAUUAAUUAAUAUCAGGGACAGUUAGUUAUCUACUGUUUCUCUUAAUUUUGCAAAUUGUGCAAAAAAAACCUGAUACUUUUUGCAAAUUCAUAUCUUACAUCAAAUUCACCAGAGAUUUACUACAUACCAAAAGUCGAGUGACUCAAAUCCGGGGGUAAUUUGAGAAGACUUUCGUUCCGAAGGAGGAGAAAGUUUUGGUGAAAGCUGGCUCUCUUUGUGGUGAAAGAUCCAGAUUUUUCGGUCGUAAUUUCUUCACUCGAGUCUCACCAACAAAUCAGAUCCGGUCUGGUCAAAAUCUUACCGGUCGAGUUACCAGGAGAAGAACAACAACAAGUAGAAAGCUUAAGAAAGAGGUCGAAUCUGCGGGAAUUGCAGGGAGCCGAUAACCAAGUGUUUGGACGGGGUGUUAAGAGUCACGCGCAAAGGGGACACGUCGACCAUAACGCCACCAUCCGUCGAAGUCUGGGAGAGUGAGAUUCGGACGGCUCGUUGCGGAGAUGUUGCCGUGACCCAUGUGUCCGAGCUGGACUAUCCGGACGCAGAUCCUCCCUGCCAUUUCUGCUGCGAACAAGCCUCCACCGCCAUUCAUGACGAGUCCAGACUCCAAAUCGUCAGCGGAGGCCUCGUUCGCAGCCGAGAUGGGAGUACACGCAGUGGUUCAGCUCCUUACAUCAACCUCCCCUCGCCCAACGUGCAAACGGAGGGGGCCCAACCACCCUUCGGCAGCUUGGAGUUGUCCCCCUCCAUGUCUCAGAACCUGCUCCUAAGCCCGGGCAGCCACCAUCACCACAUGUUGGCGGGGGCCAGCGGGCUCCCCUGUCCCCACAGGUUGUCCGGCGUGUCGGCCGCGUCCUCCCUCGGCGGCGGCGGCAUUGGCGCAGCGGGGACGAGUUGCGGGGGGAAUACGGUCCCCUCCUCGCGCGGGGGGUCGAUCGUGUCGUCCUCGUGCGUGGAGGAGCUCCCCCUCGUGGGCCCGCCCGCCUCCGCACUCACCCGAAGACCCGCCCUCGUCCCGCCCAAACUUAUCCCGGACCACGACUAUGAUGGAGAUGGGGAUGGCAAGGAUGGCAAGAGUUGGGGGCGCUGCAGCAGCGACGAUUUGAGCACGAGUCCGCGAAACCGGCGGAGUUCGAUCGUGGUGAUUCCACCCAUGCAAAUCUGUCCCGGCGACCUCCUCGUCUACGGAAAAGUCCUCAGCCAACGCAAAUCCCUCCUGGGGACGCCGAUCGAGUCUCCGUCCCCCAUCCCGACGAUAUUUGACUCGGAUUCGAACCAAAGCCGGAAAGGGAAGGUUACCUGGUCCCUUCUCAAACUCUUUGAACGGAGCAGUCGAUCGAAAGGCGGACCUAGUGGGACUCUUGAAGAAAUUAUGAACCUGAUCCAACCCUGCGACUUUAGCGACCCGAAACUUUCCCGUUUCAAGGGCAUGGUCUGGUCCGACUUUGUCGCGCACGUGUGCAACCAAAAGACCAAAAAGUCUGGAAGCGUGGUCUCCUCGGGAUCUUCCUCAGGACCGUCGACAUCCUCGUCCGUCAAUGAUUUCAAGUAUGGCGCAGCGGGUCCAUCCUCCGCCGUGGCGGGACCUUCCACAUCUUCCUCGACAUCACCCCCAACCGCGCUGAAAGUCUCCAUGACAACAUCCGGCGCCAUGGCGACGGUAAUGUCCUCACCGACAAAAACCGUCAACCCGGCCCCGUCGAAACCUCUCGUCAGGAAGCGAAUGGGGCUCAUGCGCACCAUGAGUGACCGCUGUCUCGAGCGCCGCAUUACGCCCGCCCUCUUCCGCGCGCAGGGUUUCCUCAUGAGUGAAAAAUUAGUGGAGGGAAAAGAGCCAGAGAGCGGGGGGCCGAGUGGGGCGUGCGGAGGGGGAGAGUCUUCACCACCCCCGGUUCCCGCCAUCCCAGAUCCUGCCGCGACCGCGACCAAUCUUGCCGCGGCGGGACCAUCCACCUCGCGCAAGAGUUCGAGCGACGAAACGGAUCCGGAGCAGAGGCAGAAGCUGAGGCAGAAAGAAGCCCUCUGGGACCUCUUUCAGAGCGAGUGCUCCUUUCUCUAUGAUCAUCUCAUGGUCCUCAAAAAUGUAUUCAUGGAACCCUUGAAGCGCAUUCAGGUCGAAGGAUUUGCCAUGUAUGCCGAACCAGAACUACUUUUUGGCAACUUGGACGAGCUGUGCGCCGUGACGUAUGCGUUUUGCAAGGAAUUUAUCCACCUGCUUCUCACCCUCACGGAUUUGGCGGGAUCACUGCCGACGAUGCAGGUGUUGGCGAAACUCUUUGAGCCGAGCAGCAAGGCGAGAGCAAUGUCGCAAGCCUACCAUCGCUACGCACUCAACUACAUCAAUGCUCUCAACUAUUUGGAAACGUUGCGGAGACACGUGGAAUUCUGCGAUUUCGAAAAGCUUUGCAUGAAGGAUCCGCGGUGUAAGAAGUUGCAGUUGACGGACCUCCUCGUGUCGCCGGUGCAGCACUUGAUGAAGGUCCCCCUCAUUCUCAAGGACAUUCAAGGACGCACCGCCGAACCCCAGGAAAAAGCACUCAUCGUCCAAAUACUCGAAAUACAGGAAAACUCCAUUCGUGAACUAGACGAUAAGAUGCGUUGGCUGAAGAACUUUGAGCGUCUCCUGGAGAUCCAGAGAAACAUUGUGUGGCCCUCGAUUCUGGAAAUGGAGCCCAAGACUUGGGUCCCCGACUUUCUGCGCGUGGCGUUGGGGCGACAACCGUGCGACUCGAUAAUUGUGUCGCCACGUCGUCAGAUAAUUUACGAGGGGCUGCUGCAACUGUGGGACACUGGGAAGUCCUCCGAGUGUUACGUCAUCCUCUUCGAUGACAUGCUUCUCAUCACCAGGAGGAAAAAAGGGCUCAGCAAAAAGAAAUCGUCUCUGACUGAGAACUGGCAGAGCGCGUGUGGAAAGAGUGGUCCGGUGGUGGGGGGCGAGGGGUCGGGGCCGAACCAUCGCUACAUCGUGUACCGCCAGCCGAUCUCGCUGGACCGUUUUUUCAUCCACGACAUCGCGGACGGGGAGACGAACUCGACGAAGCUGGAUUCCUCCUUCGUCCUCGUCAGCUUGAACAGAUUCCAACAAAUCAUUGCCGUCCACACUUUCCAAGCCCCGUCGGACCAGAUCAAGAACACGUGGCUGAUCAAGCUGAAGUCGACGCAGGACAAGUGGAAGCGGACUCUGCAGACGACCGUAUUUCGAGGCGUGAGGUCAUCCACGGACUCGGGCCAGAGCAACGUCGCCUCCUCCAUUCUCGGACUCGCCCACAACAAAUCCUUCCUCCAUCGACACAACACCUGCGAAUCCUCCAACUAAACCACAAGAGAGCAAAGCGUAAAUAUUUAUUUAUUUAGCAAUGUCUUAGUUUAGCAAACGUCUCGUCUUACCCCAAAUUCUUAAUAUCGUCACGGGAUAUCUUUACCCAAAAAUUUAAACACAUUUUUUCCGGGUUUUCUUAAUUUUCUGAUGGUCCGCUGUACGUCAUGUUCACCUAAUUAUUCAAUUUAACCUCGUGUAUUUAAACCCACGUGCUCACCACGUGUUUCUGAAAGAUGAGGCAAAAAUGAGAUUGCAAUUUUGCGUUUUUAUGACGGGUAUCGUUGACCCGUUAAUUCAAUUUAACGACGUGGUCAUCACGUGCUUUUAUGAUGGACUGCUCUUUUAUUCACCUAUGUCAUAUGUAUUUAAUUUAACCACGUGCAUUUAAACCCACGUGUUCACCACGUAUUUUUCCGGGGAAGAUGAGAAUGCCGGAAAAAUUGAGAUUUAAAUUUUGAGUAAAGAUAUUUUGAGACGAUAUUAUUCUACGUACGUAAGUGCAUAAUAUUUUACUCAAUAUGUGUAUAAAAAUAAAUAAAUACGUGUCAAACCAGAGAGAAAGUCGGAAACUCUCUCUGCAUACAAUCAAAAUGUCCUCCAUGGAAAAAAAUCGGAAAAUUUAUAUUUAUUUUCCUCUCCCUAAAAUUUCUGAGAUGGGAAAAAUACUUUGUCAAAAUAGAAUAUUUUUAGAGUCAGUUCUUUCCGGAUUUUUAUUUCCAGACGGUUACAACCAUAAAAAGAUAUGAAGCUACAGAGAUAAACAGCUGUAAAAACAGCUGUACCUAAACACGUGUUUAGGAAAAAACUAACUUUUUAUCACUUUUCAAACUACUUAAAUUUUUUUAACCGUGAAAACAAUGCAUUUUGACUUUCUUAGAAUAUUUCUUCAUACAAAAUUCAUUCAUUAUUCUUUCCUUAGAAAUUUAAAAACAUUAUUCAGUUAUUCAAAAUUAGAAAAAAAUCAUUAUUUAUUUAUUUAUUAAUUUAAAAUUAAAAAAUGUGAUAUUUAUCCAUUCAAAAAUUUUGAAACAAUUAUCAAUUCAUUUUUCAUUCAUUUACUUAUCCUCUAUGAACGAGCAAAUGAACGUGAACAGGUUAUUUCUCGAUGUACAGAUACAUAGAUUGUGGCUGUAAAACACCCCUGAAAAUCUAAACCCUGGAAAAACAGAGCUAAAAAAAUUCCCCAUUUUCACCCAGUAUUUCACCCAUCUCUGCCAAGUCAUACAUAAUUCUACAAAAAUUUCCGAUAAGCCCUCUGUAUUACCGAUAAGUAAAUAUAUCUAAUUCAAUCUACCCUUAUUCCUUGACCACAUUUACCAUUGACUGAGCGUCACAGAAAUAUUCUAGAAAAAUUCUAACCGUACCAAAAAACCAAUCAAAAACCUGAAAUUAUUAAGAAAAAAUAUAAAAUUCGAUAUCAAAACGAAUCAAACAAUCAGAAAGGAAGUAAAAGACUUGAAAAAUUUCCAAAAUUUAAUCAGUAUUUACAUAAAUAAAAAAAAUAUCCGUAUUAUUAUUAACAAAAAAUCAAGCGUAAAAUUAAGCAUAAUUAAUUAAUUAAUUAAGUACAUGUGAUACUUUUACUUCCCUUAGAAAAAAAUAUAGAAUUUUCAUGUUUUUUUUUUGGUGGGGAAAGUUGGGACGAAAACCAGAUUUUAAUAUAGAAAUAUCUAAAUCUUGAUGUAAUAUUGUACGAAUUACUAAAUGUUGUUACCUAACUAAAUGUUUAAGAAAAUAAGAAAUAUCAUUACCGACUUGGUAGUGGGUAGAGAAAAA